AUGCAAGACGUUUGGGGCGAGUGGAGCGUCGGAAAACGAUCGACGCCGAUUUGCACCGACGACGCCGACGUUGGGUAUUGCUCCCAAAAGUGCUCAUGCGUGCGUAAUGCUCACGUUUACUACACGAGUGUGAUUUUUAUGGGAUGGCUGAGAUAUUCAUUCCGAGGUCAUCUGAAAUUUCGUAACAAUGCGAAAGAUAUGCACGUCCUGGAAUAUCUGGAGAUAGUGCUGACGGCAGUCAUCGGAAGCAUCAUCAUCGUAUCAUUGUUCUUGUGCUAUGCUCAUGUAUUCCGACACAUCUGUUGCCCGCCUCGUCCCAAGAAGAACAAUCAACGACAGAAAACAAGACGAGAAUCGAUCUCGCUCAAGUACAUCAUGCACAUUUCGAAUCAACAAACAGAAACGAGUGUUGUAUAACAACAUGUUUUGCUAAAAUAAACCGACUUUUUUUAAACCCUGUGUAAAUAAAUGUGUUUUGUUACAGAUUUUAUUGAUUUCAAAAUAAAUAUUUUUCAC